AGAAAGAGUUUGAAAUCUAUAGGAGUGGACUCAGUUUUCUGUGCUGAUUUCAAAUAUGACAUUUUUUAAAAGUCAAAUGAAGUACUUUCUGCUCGAAAAUCGCCAAAUUCCAGUCAAAAAAUAGAGAAAUUGCGGUCAAAGAUACUAGUGAAAGCAAAAGCACUUCUUAAGACAUCGAAUUUCAAGUUGAAAAUCGCAUCAACAGAAAGAGCACAUUGAAUUGCAUAUCCAAUGAAAAAAUCAAGCUGGUGCACCCGGAAAAAGUGUAACUUCGAAAGACUCGAAAAAUCAUUAUUUGUGCCAAAAUGACCCAAUCGGGGCGGUGUUUGGCAUUUACCGAUAGGGAAAAACCCAAAUGUCUAAGACAUUCUUAUAGAUUCUGAUAGAGAAUGAAAUUCUCUAUCCACUGAGCCUAUUUGAGACUAGCUUAGUUGAGAUUUUGAUGGACUUUCGGGUCAAAAAUUGAUUUUUACGACCUCUAGAAAGUACCUCAGAUCUUUCUUCUUAUCCGAGUACUUUUGCAAAAUAAUAUGAUAUUUGUAAUCAGCACACAUAGCGCUAUCAAACUAGAAAGACUUCUGAUGGAAAAGAGAAAAAAAAAUUUUUUCGAAACCCGAGGGGGACUCCAGGGGUCAAAAAAUUGAGUUGUGAUAAAAUACAAAAUAAACUUGUGAAAAAUAAUCAGGGCUCAAUGCUGAUUAUUGGGGUAAUAAAAUUAGGCUUAUCUGGUUUGGUACGAUCAGUCCGUAAUUUGACACACCUCCUUUUAUUUUAUAAAAUGAUUAUUUUUUUUCAUCGCUUUAAUUAAAUUCAUCGUUUGAUCAUCUUGAAUGUAUUUUUUUAAAAGUUGGUCAAACUGAUAUACCUAUCUCAAUUUUAUCCAAUUUAUCAUAUUUACCACGUCUUUUCUCGUUGACAAUCGAAACAACAAAUAUAAAAAAAAGAAUUAAUGAUAUAUAUCAAUUAAUAUUUGUUUUACAUAAAUUAAAAUAUUAUCGUAUGUUCUGUUUUAAUGAUGAUCAUUUAAUUGAACUUCCAUUAGCAAUAAAUAACCAAUAUAGUCCACUUGAAUAUCUUAUUAUUGAUCAUCAUUGUUCUUUAAAUGAACUUAAAUCAUUAAUUUCAUAUACACCAGAACUUUGUCAUUUAACUAUUCGUCAAAUUGAUCCAAAUAUUACAAUAUUAAAAUCAAUUACAUUAAUGGAUUUGAUGUUUAUCUAUUUACAUAUGUGCAAAAUAUCAUCUUAUGAAUUGAAAACAUUCUUAGUUAAUAUAUCUUCAACUUUAAAGAUCUUGUCUAUUAAUUCAUUAAAUGAUAUUACAUUUCUUAAUGCUUAUCAAUGGGAAGAAUUUAUUUCAUAUUAUUAUCCUCAAUUAGAAAAAUUUUAUUUUAAAUAUUAUGAUCGUAUUAAUAAUAAUAAUGAUCAAUAUGAAAUAUAUUCAGAACAAAUAAAUCAAUUUUCUUCAACAUUUUGGAUUGAACGACGAUGGAUAUUUCAUGUUGAAAUUGAUAACAGAGAUAUUAAAUAUGUGAUUUAUCCAUACAAAAAACGAUGGUAUGAUUAUAUAGAUGAUAAUAAUAUUAAAUAUUCAACAUCAACUAGUCUAAUUUUAUCAGUUGAUCUUAAUUAG